AUGGUCUCCCUUAGCUCCUCUUUCAAAUUCCUCUCCCAGUUUGCUCUCUUUUCUGCCGUUCUCGCUGCGGAUGUGUACUACACAUUCGACAUUGUGAACGCUAACCUCGCUCCCGACGGCUUCACUCGCCCCACUGUCGUCGUGAACGGUCAGUUCCCUGGAACCCUCAUCCAGGCGAACAAGGACGACGUCCUCCACAUCACCGUCAACAACCUGUUGACUAACCCCCUCAUGCGACGCAGCACUGCUAUCCAUUGGCACGGAUUGUUCCAGAAAAAGACUGCAUCUGAAGAUGGACUCGGUCUACUCUGUCUUUUCCUACAAUAUCUUAUCAACUCAACGGCUGAAUACACAGUCCCGCUCAACGGUCAAGCUGGAACCCAUUGGUAUCACAGCCAUUUAUCGUCUCAAUAUGUCGACGGUCUUCGAGGUCCAAUUGUUAUCUAUGACCCCACUGAUCCUCAUCUGUCCCUUUACGACGAGGAUGAUGAGAACACCAUUAUCCAGCUCGGUGACUGGUACCAUAAUCCUGCCCCAGCCAUCCAAGAGGACUACCUCAACGACAUAACCGACGAGCCGGUUCCAGACUCCGGAACUAUUAACGGAGUAGGGCGUUAUAGGGGCGGUCCUGCCAUCCCGUGGGCUAGGGUGAACGUGGUUCAAGGAAAGAGGUAUCGACUCCGCGUGAUUAACAACUCCGCUUAUGGGAGCUUUGAGUUCUCUAUCGAGAAUCACGAGCUCACUAUCAUCGAGGUCGACGGAAUCAACCACGUUCCAAAGACAGUGGGAGGGUUCGAAAUCUAUGCCGGACAGCGCUACUCAGUCGUCAUUGAUGCCAAUAAACCAAUCCGGAACUACUGGAUUCGAGCUCCCAUGGACGUCAAGGACGACAGUCCCACAUUGGACGACGAGAACAUCUACGCCGUGCUUCACUACGAGGGUGCACCUAACGCAAACCCUACCACCCGCGCGGACCGAAGCCCAAGUAAUGUUCUCAAGGAGCACGAGUUGGUACCCCUCGACCCUGGCCCUCCAGGAGGCUGUGGACCUGCGGACAAGAUUAUUGACCUCCAGUACUCCCGUGACACUUCGGGAACCACCAAGUGGAAGUUCAACGGGGUCAGAUAUCACUCACCCACCGAUAACACACUCUUGAACAUCAUGGGAGGUGCCACAAUUGCAAGCGAUUUUACACCUUCUGAGCAUACAUUGAUUCUCAAUCACAAUGACAUCGUGGAGAUCCAUCUCCACGGCUCGUCGAACGACUCUAAUGCGUGGUUGGCCCCUCUCGCGUGUAACAGCCCAUUCCAUCUUCAUGGCCAUGCGUUCGACAUCAUUCAAGGACGAAGCGGUGGCUCGAAUUGUGUAAACCCACCCCGCCGAGAUGUUGUUGGCCUUACGAGUGGUACCGGAAUCAUUCGAUUCAAAGCAGAUAAUCCUGGACCCUGGUUUUUGCACUGUCUUAGGAUCGCCCUCUCACGCGGAUCGUCAUCGACUGUUUGGUGGUCGAUAGAUAUCGAUUGGCAUCUCGAAGCUGGCUUGGCUGUCGUAUUCGCGGAAGCCCCCGAUGAACAGCGCACUGGGCCGCAGUCCCAGAUCAUCAAGCAGGAGUGGUUGGACCUGUGUCCCAUCUACAACGCCCUCUCUCCUGAUCUGCAGUAA